AUGAAAAUCUUAGUAGUUUUUAUCUUAAUAUACGUCACCACUUCAUCCUGGUGCCAAGAUGAGACAGUGUUUCACUGCUCUCCCAAGCCUGGAUGUCAGAUCGCACAAUGUGAUCCGGUUGCAGUAGGAUGGGACAGACCAGGUUUCAACAUUGAUGAACAUCUACACGACAAAGAGUUUCCGAUUACGUGCAAACCUAAGAAUGCGAAAAAUUUGCAGAAUACUGUCAACUUGUUUUCGUUAAUGACCAGAAAUACUUUGGACAUUGGACAUAUCAAAUCAGAUUUAAGAGAUCUAGAAGAGAACGUCAAUGAUAAAAUAAAAAACACUGAUGUUUCUGAGGGAGAGGAAAGUGACAUCAAAAACAAAGAACAAUCUAAAGAAAUUAACAAUCUCCGAGAGAAAGAUAGACGGCAGUCUGAGGAAAUAAAGAAAUUGAAGGAAGAAAGUGACAGCAAAUUUAAAGAACAAUCUAAAGAAAUUAACAAUCUCCGAGAGAAAGAUAGACGGCAGUCUGAGGCAAUAAAGGAAUUGAAGGAAGAUUUGACCAAAGUUCUAGAAAUGAAUAUUAAUGUGGUAGAAAACAACAAAAAGAUGAAGAAAGCAAUAUCCCGGAUUGAACAAAAACUUUCCGUACCAACAACAAAGAGUCAAACAACAAUGAAUCAAACAACAUUGAAACCAACCCCUCCGCCAGAAAACUGCAAAUUGAAAAUCGGAAAUAUCUGUUAUUUCGCUUUGAUACGAGUUGAAGAAGAUGUCAACUACGACAUAGCAGUUGAAUAUUGUAAGAAACGUAACGCAGAUGUUGGCUUGAUCCGAGAUGAAAAAUCUUACAAUGCGAUUAUGGAUUACUUGAGAAGGAAUAUUCCAAAAGAAGAGAAGUUUAUUUAUAUAUUGACAGAAAUCCAGUUUAAUCCAAUCACACGUGACGUCAAACCUGCAGAUUCAUUUAUUGAAUGGAGUCAAAAUAUAUGGACCGCAGAAUAUCCAAUUACGGGAGCCGAGUAUAAAGAUUACAGAAAUAUUUUCCUUCUUGUUCUAUCCGACCUGAAUUCUCGUCAUCAAGGGAUGGUAAAUGCUCCUUCUACCACGAAGGUUCAUGGAGUUAUUUGUGAGAUCCUGAUCUAAUCAAACGUCAGCCUGGUUGUAUUUUGUUCCUCUGGUUCUAUCAUCAGUAAAAUAUAAAAUAUAAAUCAAUCGUUUCCUAAUUGG